AUGGCGCCCUCCAUGGGUCGCGGGCAUCUCGUCUUCCUCGCGCUGCUUGGCUUCCUCCGGGAGGCGUCUGGUGACCUAGGCUCGGGGGUGUCCCGCGACGACGACUUGCUGCAGCCCUACCCCCGCCCCGCGGCCCCCGGCGCCGGCAGCCCGGCCGUGCGCACCUUCGUCUCGCACUUCGCUGGGCGCGCCGUAGCCGGCCACCUGACCCGGGUCGCCGCGCCCCUGCGCACCUUCUCGGUGCUGGAACCGGGUGGACCCGGCGGCUGCGCGGCGCGGCGCCGCGCCACCGUGGAGGAGACGGCGCGGACGGCGGGCUGCUCUGCGGCCCAGAACGGCGGCUUCUUCCGCAUGGACACCGGCGAGUGCCUGGGGAACGUGGUGAGCGAUGGGCUGCGGGUGAGCAACUCCAGGGGGCUGCAGAACGCGCAGUUCGGAAUCCGCCGCGACGGGACCCUGGUCACCGGGUACCUGUCCGAGGAGGAGGUGCUGGACAACACGAAUCCGUUUGUGCAGCUGCUGAGCGGGGUGGUGUGGUUGCUUCGCAAUGGGAGCCUCUACAUCAACGAGAGCCUGGCUACCGAGUGUGAUGAGACGCAGGAGACAGGCUCCUUCAGCAAAUUUGUGAACGUGAUAUCGGCCAGGACGGCCGUGGGCCACGACCGAAAGGGGCAGCUAGUGCUCUUCCAUGCGGACGGACAGACGGAACAACGAGGCAUCAACCUGUGGGAGAUGGCAGAGUUCCUGUUGAGGCAGGGUGUGGUCAACGCCAUCAACCUGGAUGGAGGCGGCUCUGCCACGUUCGUGCUCAACGGGACCUUGGCCAGUUACCCGUCUGAUCACUGCGAGGACAACAUGUGGCGCUGUCCCCGCCGCGUGUCCACCGUGGUAUGUGUGCAUGAGCCCCGCUGCCAGCCGUCCAACUGCAGCGGCCACGGGACCUGCUUUCAGGGCAGCUGCCAGUGCACGGGGCGCUUCUGGCGGGGCGGGGCCUGCGAUGAGCUGGACUGUGGCCCCUCCAACUGCAGUGGCCGCGGGUUCUGCACCGAGACCGGCUGCCGCUGCCAAGCCGGAUGGACCGGGUCCAACUGCAGUAAAGCUUGCACCAAUGGCUCCUUUGGGGAGGACUGUGCCCAGAAGUGCCAGUGCCAGAACGGAGCUGCCUGUGACCCAGUUCAUGGAGCCUGCAUCUGUCCCCCUGGCUUCACUGGGGCCGUCUGCGCGCAGGAGUGUCCCCUGGGCUGGUACGGGCCCGGCUGCCAGAGCCCCUGUGAGUGUGAGCACCAGUGUCCCUGCAACCCCCACACUGGCAACUGCAGCCUCAGCGGGACACCGGCCAUGACCAGCCUCCUCUCCCGAGUGAAGCAGUGUUUCCUGUCACCUGAGGCCACCCUGAGGACACAAGAACUCUCCUUUUUCACUGGGACCACCUGGCUGGCCCUCACGCUGACCCUGGUGUCCCUGCUGCUGCUGAGCACGGCGGUGAACGUGACCCUGCUCCGCGGCUCAAGGGCGGAGCGGAACCGGCACCUGGACGGCGGUUACGUGUACCAGCCGCUGCACGAGAUGAACGGGGCUCAUGCAACGGAGGAGAAGCAGCUGCGAGGCACUCGUGGCCCCUUCCAGGAAUGA